CAAAAAUGGUAGAGAUCUGUUACGGUCAUUCAAUGAUAUCGCACCAAAAGCACCUUAGGCCUUCUUGCUCGAUAGCACUCAAAACAUAGUGAACGUUGUCACUUUUUCUCUUCAAUAUUUGAUGCCUUUCUAAUACUAACUGCAUUAAAUGUCUUGUUUCAUGUCGUUCAUGAUUAAGUCACUUUUCAUAUUCAUGACUAGUAGACUAGCUUGGUUUUUAAAUAUUCACUUAUCUCCACUUUCCAUAAUUAGGAUAGAAUCAAGAGUUCUUGUUAGGUAAUUAAAGGUUCAGAUAUAACCUUGGUUCCCGUUUAAAUUCUAGAUUUCUGUUCCAGCUCUGCACAACUUCAAUUCAAACCUCUUUGGGAAAGUCAUGCUUCAACAAUUUCCACCGUUGCCGGAAAUGAAAAUUUUCUAUUUUUAUACUAGUUCUUUUUUGUUAAAGAACUUUAUAUCUUAGAAUAGUUGUAUGACAACUUCUUAGUUUUUGUUUCCAAAAAAAUAUUCAAAGUGACUCUUUGGUACUUCUUAAGGAACAAAUAAAUUAAUUAGAAGCUGAAAAUAUGUUUUGGUCCGAUUAGAGUAGCCGCUGGGCCACCUGCUUGUUCCGACUACUCGUGGUUUUCAUUUUCACUUUCUCCUUCUUUAUGACAUAAAAGUGAUUAGUUGCACUAAAAAGUUCGCUGUCCUACGCAUGGUGACGUGUAGUAAUAUUUAAAACUCAAUAUUACAGUAAUAUAUGGCUUGGAUACUUUUUUAACUCAUUUAAAGGUAAAAGUUGUACACAAUAUAUGGUAUUUGCUGAUUAAAAAUAUAUUAAAUCUAUUAAUUUGAUACAAAAAAAACCAAAACGACAUACUACAUCAUACACAUUAGUUGUAUAACGUCAAAUUAAAAUGAUAAGCCUAACAAACAAGAUUAUAAGGCUUUAUAAGCCAAUACAUAUAUAAGUUUGAACAAAAGAAAGCCAAUAUGAAUGAGUUGUUAAUUGCUUGCGCCUAAGUGUGAACAAGUCUAGAUGGGUAUAUUUACUUUGUUUUCUUUUCUUCUGUAGAACACUUCAGACAAGUUAUGUCUUAGUCACUUUAUCGGUCUCCCAUAGUUUUGUAACAAAUAAAAGCCGCAUUCUAAAAACUUUUCUAAUCCCAACAAAAAUCUAUUUAUUAUUCAAUGCUCUACCAACUUUGUUCUAUAUAUAUUCAGGACUCCAUAACCAUUCAACACUCUACCAACCUUAUAUCUCUAAUCACUCUCUUAAUCAUUCACAAAUCACUUUUGAAGCUUUCACACCACUAUUUCUUUCUUGGAAAAUCCUCUCUCAAUUUCCCUUCUUCGGACAAUGUUCUUGUCACACAGAGAAUGCCAUCGACUUGAGUUGCAAUCUCUCCUAAACAACAAAACGAGCGUUGAGAAGCGUUUCUAUUUCUGGAUUUUUCAAAUAUUAACAGUUGUAGCUUCGUGAUCGUGACUUCAAUUGUAAUAUCUCUUUCUGAAUUUUAAAUAUUUACGUGGGUCAAGAUUUUAGCCGUUUCUUGUGUACAAAGUCACUUAGUGUCAGAGUUAUUGCAAAUGGGAAGUUCAAGUUUACCUCCAGGAUUCCGGUUCCAUCCUACUGAUGAAGAACUCAUCGACUAUUACUUGAAAAGAAAAGUGGAAGGCCUCGAAAUCGAGCUUGAAGUCAUCCCCGUUAUUGAUCUUUAUAAAUUUGAUCCGUGGGAGUUACCAGACAAGUCUUUUCUCCCAAACCGGGACAUGGAAUGGUUCUUCUUCUGUUCAAGGGACAAAAAAUAUCCUAAUGGUUUGCGUACAAACCGAGGAACAAAGGCGGGUUACUGGAAAGCAACCGGAAAAGACCGGAAAAUUACAUGUCGUUCAUCUUCUACGGUCGGUUAUAGAAAAACCCUAGUUUUCUAUAAAGGUCGUGCUCCGUUAGGCGAUAGAACUAGUUGGCUCAUGCAUGAAUAUCGACUAUGCGAUGAUGAGAGUUCAUCACAAGGUUCACAAUAUUUCAAGGGAGCUUUUGUGUUAUGCCGUGUGGCUAAGAAGAACGAGAACAAGAGUAACUCAAAAAUUCAAAGAAACCUAAGUGAACAAACACUUGGAUCAGGAGAAAGUUCGGGUUAUUCAAGUCGUGUGACUUCACCUAGUCGUGAUGGAAGGGUGCCGUUUCACUCAUUUGUCAAUCCGGUUUCUACAGAAACCGACUCUUCCAACAUUUGGAUUUCACCUGAUUUCAUUCUUGAUUCUUCAAAAGACUAUCCUCAAAUCCAAGAUGUUGCACCUGAGUACUUUCAAGACUUUGAUUUUCCGGUUUUCGGUAAUCAAGACGUUGAUGUUCGAGCGAGUACCUUGAAUGCAAAUGUAGAUCAGAGCAUAGACGAAUCUAUGCAAACUGGUUACUGGACAAAUUGUUGGUACGAUCAAACCGGUUUAUUUGAUUAAUCCGAUUUCUCCUAGCUAGACGGACUUUCGUUGAGGUCGGUCUCUCUUUUAAGACAAAAACAACUUUUAUCGUUCGAGUCAUCUAAAUUUUAGCACUGGUCUAUCGAUUGUUUAAUUAUUCUGUUUCAUUACAAUUAAUAUUAUGGAUUUACUAUAUAUAUUAAUAUUAUAGGUACGUAUUUGAAGAUAUAUGUUGUUUUCUUUGUGGAAUUUCUUUUUCUUCAGUAGGACUGUGUAUUAUUGUCAUCUUAUGUAUGCAACGAUCUCUCAGUGUUACGAUGAUGAUUAGUUGUACCACGCACUAUAUAAAGAAAUUUUUUUCUUGACGUCA